AUGAUACUUUUCAAGUAGGGGUGCAUUCUAAAUUAGAUAAACGUAGUCGCUCCUCGUCGACCAUGGCUGGUGUGCAGCAGCGCGACCCUCUGGUGGAGGGAUGCUUGCAGCUCGCCCGUGCCACGGGAUUUAAGCAACCGGCCGAAGCGGGCACAGCGACGACGCGGAUGCAGCUGACGCGCGCCAUACGGCCCGCGAACCGGGAGGCGGUCCAGGGCCUCAUCGACCGCUACAAGGCGCCCGACCAGGCCGCCCGCAUUCGGGCGCUGGCCGCUGACGCUCGGGCGGCCGGCGCGCACACGCCGCAGCAGGUGGACCUGCUCCACGUCCGCCGGGCGCUGCAGCGGCGCCAGGCGGCCAUGCAGCAGCGGGCGCAGGAGCAGGAGCACGCGCAGGCGCAGCUAACGGCGCAAACGCAGGCGCAGAUCAAGGCGGCGCUGGAGGAGCAGGCGGCGCUGGAGCGCACCAAGCAGGAGCAGGCGGAGCAGCGUGAGCGGGCCGCCAGCUUGCAGCAGCUGCUGCACCGCGGCCGCAAGCUACGGCCCAUGAUGGAGGGCUUCGCCGCGCACCAGCGGCAGCAGAUUGCCGCAGUGCGCAAGCGCAUGCGGAGCGAUGCAGAUCCCGCCGCGGACGCUGAGAUGUAUGAGCGCGUGGGCCAGCUGGUGGGGCAGGUGCAGCAGGAGCUGUGGCAGCAGCUGAACGCGGAGAGCAUGUCGGCAAUGUCGGCGGCCAUGGCUACCGGCGGCGCGCUGCAGCUCACCACAGGCGGCGGCGAGGACGACACGGGGCCGCUGGCGCUGGCGCUGCGGGCCGAGGCCGCCGCCGCCGCCGCCUCGGGUUCCGGCUCCAGCCCCACUGCAGGUGUCGCUGGUCCCGACCUGGAGCCGCACCUGCACCUGCCGCGCACCAGCCCGCUGCAGCGGCACGUGCAGGCGCUGCUGCAGCUGCCGCCGCGGAAGCUGGCUGCGGCAGUGGCGCAGCUGUCCAGGCUGAGCUACGGCGGCGUGGCGGGGCUGCUGCGCGGCACCGACCUGCUGGCGGACGCGCGGCGGCGGGUGGCGGCGCUGGGCGCGGCGGUGGACCCGCUGUUCGACACGCGCAAGCUGCAGCAGUCCGAGCUGGAGGCCACCCUGGCGCUGCGCACGCUGGAGGCGGAGGUGCGGGCGGCCAAGGCGGCAGUGCUGGAGCUGGCGGCGCUGCCGGCGGUGAAGGCGGCGCUGGCGCGGCCGGGCGUGCUGGCACGUGUAAAGGUGGAGUCGCGCAGUGCCAUGCUGUCUGCGGCACGUGAGGCGCUGGAGGCGCUGCGGCGCGAUGCGGCCAGCAGUGCGGCUGUCAAGGAGGAGGUGCUGCGGCUGGAGGCGGCGGCGUUCGACAUGGAGGGAGAGGAUCGGCGGCUGGAGCGGCUGAUGAGCCUGCUUGGCCGCAGCCUCAGCGCCGCGCUGUCCGAGUGGCAGCAGCAGUACCCGGCCAACCUGGAGUUUGUCCAGUCCAUGCUGCCCAAGUCCUAUGGCGAGGUGCUGGAGGCGGCGGGGCGCUCCGUGGACCGCCUGGCGCGCGGCGUGGAGCAGCUCAUGCGGCUGCCCGCGGAGCUGCUGCCGCUGCUGGCGGCGCAGCGGGCAGGCGCGGCCGCCGCGGGGGCAGGCGCCGGGGCUGCGCCAGCUGGCGGCGCUGGCGUGCUGUCGCUGGCGGCUCACAAGGGCCCAGCGGUACUGUCAGCCACCGGCUCGCUCCAUCUCGCCCUCACCCUGGUGGAGCGCAACCGCCUGGCCCUGACAUACGUCGGCCAACCCCGCGCCGCGGCGGUGCUGCGGACGGCGGCGUUGGGCGGCGGCGCCACCGCUGCCAGCCCCGCCGCGGCCUCGGGUUCAGCUGCCGGCGCGCUGCUGCUGCGCGGCUCUGCCGCCAGCGCAGCCGCCACAACCAUGAGCCACAACGUGGAUGCGACCGGCACCGGCUUGUUCGCGAUGGGAAAUGGAGGCGUGGGCUUUGGGGAGGGGUCGCUCCACGGGUCGGAGGCGCGUGGCGCCGGGGGCAGCGGGAGCAUGCCAUCGAAGCCGGCCGCAGCCGCCGGGGCCGCGGUGGCGUGGGGCCCCGGGCCGGCGGCGCUUGGUCUGCCGGUGCUGUGCUACUGGCAGGCGCUGGCGUUGGCGCUGGACCCCUUGGCGCCGCUGCGCUGUCCGUCCGCGCUGCUCUGCGACUUCCUGGAGCGCUUCAAGCAGCACGAAGAGGGUGCGAGGUGGCUGGCUGGCGCGGACGGCAAGCUGCGGCCGCGCCACAAGCAGCUGGCUGCGCUACCGUCGUCUGCGGCGGCGCUGCGGGAGCGGCUGGGCGCCAAGCGGCAAGCGGAUGCGGGCGAGCGGCUCGGAAAGCUCUCGCGCUCGCGGGCGGACCUGGUCACAGCCGCGCAGAAGAUUGGGCCGCGCGUGGAGCGGGCAAUGCGGGAGAUGGAGACGCAAGGCGCGGUACAUUUGGUGCCCUGGCGCACGGUGGACGGCAAGAGCUGCGGCCAGUUCCUGGAGGAGAUACGCAGCCUGUUCAGUCGCAUUCAGGCCGCGCAGCAGCAGCAGCUGGGGGGAGGAGGCGGAGGCGGGGGCUUCGGAGCGCCGACUAUGCGCCUGGGUUUCUAGAUUGCAGUGUUGGAGCAGCUGCGAGUGUGAGGCGCUUGUGGCGGUGGAUGCGGUGUGGGGGCCAGGCGUUGCUGGCGGAGGGAGUUGGAGUGGCGAGGGCGAGGGAAGCUGCUGCUGGAUAACAGUCGCAAAGUGUGCUUGCCGCAUGGACGGGCACAGUGCAGCUGGCGGACCCCCGCCCUGUAUGAUGGCUAGGUGCUGAUUUUUUGCUGCUCGCGGGCUUUAGAAUGGACGCGUUGUUUCAUGCCAGGCGGAACGGGCAAAGCCGGUGGUGGCGGCGGCGGUGGUGGUGGUGGAGGGCCUGGUCCCACCAGCAGCAGCAGGAGCAGCAGCAGCGGCACAGGGUCCGGCGGCAGCGGCCCUGGGCCCAGCGGUUGCUGCGUGCAUGUGCGUAGCGGAGAGGCGAGCAAGGCCAAGUGGAGGAGGACAGCGCGGCGUCGCCCAAGAAGCGGCGCCGGCGCGCAGGUUGAGGCCGGCCGGUGUCUGGUUAGCGGUCUUUGCUGGCAAGCAGAGCACAGCACAGUGUUUGCUUGCCCUGUGCUGGCUGUACUUGUGCUUGAUCCCCGGACCCGACUGGACGUAUGGUGGGCCGUGCCUGUACACAUUGCGAGGGAAAACCCCUACCGCUACGCAGUACUCCGGCUUGCCCCUCCCCCCUCAGGCACCCCGCCCGCGGUGUAAGAGGGGGGGGGGGGCAGUUACCAGCCCAAGCCAAUGGAGGGGAAUGGAGGGGUGGUGCAAGGGGGUAUGUAGGGCGAUUUCCUAAGAAGACCAA